UGGACCUUGACCAGUUCCCCUUCUCCCUCGCUCCCGUCUCAUGUUGUCCAUCGUGUGACAUUGCGCCAAUAUGAGAAUAGGAUGCCUCCAGUUUGCUCCUCAAGUGGGCGACAUAGACAACAACCUCAAUCGAGCUGACUCUUGUCUGAACAAAGCGAAUACAGACAAUCUUGAUAUUCUUGUCCUGCCUGAGCUGGCUUUUACAGGAUACAACUUCAAGUCAUUGCAACAUAUCUCGCACUUUCUCGAACCAUCAGGCUCCGGCAUCACAUCGUUGUGGGCUCGAACCACUGCCCUCAAAUACAACUGCAAUGUCGUAGUUGGCUAUCCGGAAAAGGUAGAUGUCUCCAACAAGUGGCCCACUGGCCCGGAGUUUUACAACUCUGCCAUCAUCGUCAAUGGAGAUGGUGAGACGAUCGCCAACUAUAGGAAGAGCUUUCUCUACCACACCGACGAGACAUGGGCUCUUGAGGGGGGAAAAGGAUUCUACGAGGGCUGGAUUCCCGGACUAGGGAACACGUCUAUCGGCAUCUGUGAGCAUGGACUUGAAGUAAUUAAGUCUAGCUUCCAACAUCACAGGUACUCGCUACUGACAUUCGACAGCCCUUACAAGUUCCAAGCCCCGUGGCAUGCUUUCGAAUUCGCUUUUCAUGUACUCGAAUACGAUUCUAACUUGGUCAUCCUGUCGAUGGCAUGGAUGACCCGGGAAGAUGGUCGCAUGUUCAGUCGGAUGCCGAAUGAGCCAGACAUGGACACCUUGACCUACUGGGUCACUCGUUUGGAGCCUCUGAUUCGGGCGGAGAAGAAAGAGGAGAUCAUCAUCGUCUUCUGCAACCGCACCGGUAUAGAAGAUGACGCUGUCUAUGCUGGAACGAGUGCAGUCAUCGGGAUUCAAGAUGGCGAGGUCAAGGUGUACGGCCUUCUUGGGCGAGGCGAGAGGGAGCUUUUGGUCAUCGACACCGACAAUCCUCCUUAUGGAAAGCUCGUGUAUCGUCCGGAGUCUGAGAAGCCGCCUACCACGAGCUCUGAGCUGCUGCAGCUCGGCGGCUUCUUGUCACCAGUUGUUUCGUCAGGGCCUGUUGCUUCAUCCCGCAACGAUGACUCAAGACAAGGCGUUUCUUUGGCCAUUUCGACCCAGCCCCAGCCUGCUUCUCUUCCCAAAAGAUCAUCUUCUGUCUUGGGGUCUUCCCAAAAAUCGUCGAAGAGAUUGCCAGCGUUAGGCCAGACAAAGCUGUUGCCAGCGGUCCAAAUGCCUACUGGUACUCCGUUGGGGUCAAAUUCUAAUGACGAUACGGCUAGCUCGCCAGAGAGCAUAUACAUCUCAACACCAACUGCUCCAAGCCCUACCCCUCAGGCAAUUCGACCGAAACUGACCAUUCCACUAUCGACACCCCUCCAGCCAUGGCAAACCGGUAGCCCUGUACAUCACAGUUAUCAAUCCACCCGUUCGGCUCACUCCCUCGGUUCCAGUGACUCAACUCAAUUGGACCCGCGGCCGCCCGAAGACAGCACUCCAUAUCCCCACAGCGGUGUUCCACGGAGCACAUAUCCUAGGAAGGGGCCAGAAGGUCUGGAGAAGAGAAUAUAUAGUGGGAGUGUAUCAAUCACCCACUUGCCUGUCAGGCCCAUCACUCCUUUCAACGACCACUCGCCAACGGAGGCUGGCUAUGUCUGGCAACCUUCAGACCUUCUUUUGAAGACACCACUGGAGUCGCAAGAACGGAACCCAGUUGCAGAGUCUGAUGAAACCAGAACGCAGACUUUUCACCUCCCGCUAUUCGCCAAAGACGAGCCAACUAUUCCCCCCCCCCCCCCCCCCCCCCCCCCCACACCCCCCCCUUCUCCUCCGGACGCGUUCCUCAACCUCUGUUCGUACAGCAGUCACGGCUGGCAGCUCAUGGUCGAAGAAGACGGAUGACCAGUCAACGAAGGAAAAGAUCCCU